CUGAGCGGGGCUGAGCCCGCAGCCGCUCGCAGCCCCCCACCCCACCCACCCCGGGCCCCCUUGAGUCCCUGCCAUGGCGAAACAGUAUGAUGUACUGUUCCGGCUGCUGCUGAUCGGGGACUCCGGGGUGGGCAAGACCUGCCUGCUGUGCCGCUUCACCGACAACGAGUUUCACUCCUCGCACAUCUCCACCAUCGGUGUCGACUUUAAGAUGAAGACCAUCGAAGUAGAUGGCAUCAAAGUGCGGAUACAGAUUUGGGACACAGCAGGGCAGGAGAGGUACCAGACCAUCACAAAGCAGUACUAUCGGCGGGCCCAGGGAAUAUUUUUAGUCUACGACAUUAGCAGCGAGCGCUCUUACCAACACAUCAUGAAGUGGGUCAGUGACGUGGAUGAGUAUGCACCAGAAGGGGUCCAGAAGAUCCUCAUAGGGAAUAAGGCUGAUGAGGAGCAGAAACGGCAGGUGGGCAGAGAGCAAGGGCAGCAGCUGGCUAAGGAGUAUGGCAUGGACUUCUAUGAAACAAGUGCCUGCACCAACCUCAACAUUAAAGAGUCCUUCACUCGCCUGACGGAGCUGGUGCUGCAGGCCCACAGGAAAGAGCUGGACGGUCUCCGAACACGAGCCAGCAACGAGUUAGCCUUCGCAGAACUGGAGGAAGAGGAAGGCAAACCCGAGGGCCCAGCGAACUCUUCAAAGACCUGCUGGUGCUGAGGGUCCUGUGUGGAAUUCCCCCCACAUCUCCCUUCCCCCAGGAGGCGCGUGGAAGCAGGGGAGCCUGGGCUUUGCUCACCGCUGUCCUUUCAUUUGAUGACCCUGUUGAAAACCAGUAGCUGCUACUCCCCUGCCCUGGCCCCGUGAGCAGCUCUGCUGUGGUCUCUGAGCAGCCUCCGCCCCCAGCCCCUCUAUCCCGGAGUGGCAACCUUCCAGCCUAUUUCCCAGCCACAGGCCUGCUGUGACACCCCAGAAUGUGCUGCAGCCAUCUCGCCAAGCUCCUGGGACAAUGGUCAAGGCCACUUGAGGACUCUGUUCUUAGCGCAUCUCGUGUACUCUCUCUGCUUUUUCUCUUCUUUCUCUUUCUCCACUCCCUUCCCUCCCAUGUAUUUUGCAUCCAUGCCUCCCCUCCUCCUUUGCCUGUGAGCGGCUGCUGUUGCAGUUCCUUCUCUCCUUCCUACCUUCCUGACUCUGCCUAAGGGACCGGACCCAGGCCCUGCCCCUGGGAGGAUGCCUCACCCUGCUCGGGGGGAGGGGACAAAGGCUAAGGGUGCUUCUUCCUCCUCCCCUCCCCACUGCCCGUCCUUGUGCCGUGGGCUGCCUCCCCAGUGACCUGAGAAAGUAGAACACUGAGGUGGCAGGACUGCACGACUAGGUGGUCCUCAAGCCUGGCCUGGCCUACUCUGCCUUUGCCUGCUGCUGGUGUUUUGGCCUUGCCUGGCUGCCUCUGUGGGGAACUGAGUCCGGAGGAUGAGGGGUGGCGGGGAUAAAUCACCUCUAGUCUCUACCUCCCACAUCGCCUUGUCCCUGGAUUCCUGAAUUUAAAGAUGGGGAUCAAGGCCUGAGGACACCAAAGGGAAGGGGAGCCCGAGGGUCAGACACUGUAGAGUCAACUCUGAACUCUAGAAAGAGGUAAAAGCAGGUGUGAAGGGGCAGCUCCUGGAUGGCAAGGUAAGAACCAGGGCAGAGGGCGCUUCCCGAAACAGUGAGCGUUAGCCUGGGUGCAGUGGCGCAGGCCUGAGUCCCAGCACUCUGGGAGGCAGAGGCAAGCGAGUCACCGUGAGUUCAAAGCUAGCCUGGUCUACAAAGGGAGUUCAGGACAGCCAAGGCUACACAGAGAAACCCUAUCUCAAAAAAAAACAAAACAAAACAAAAAAAUAGUGAGUGUUGUGAGGGCAGCAGGACAUCCUGUGUAAGAACAUUUACCCAGACUCCUUGGCAGAGGUGGGAGGUGACAGAACCACGUCACUCUUCUUUCACUGAACCCAGCCUUAACCUUAACCCAGUUAAGGUUUUCCUAGGUCCCCGAGUGUGUGGGCAGCAGACCGUAAAACACAGGAAGAGAAGAGCAGGUAUGGGUAGAGGUUCUUGGUGCCCUGCCUUCCAACACUUCCUCCUCUGGCCCCUUUACUCCUGAGUAGGCUUAUAGCUUUGCCAACUGCUGUCUGUGUAGCUACCAAGGGAGGGAAAGGGACACCCUCCUCCAGAGUUCUAUGCUCAGGAAGUUUCUUUAAACCUGUGGUCCAGGAGUACCUUGAAAAAAGCCCCUGAAAGAAUGGAAGAACAAAAAACAAAAAACCAAAAACCCUGCAAGGGUUUGUCCUUACAUUCCCAAGGUGGGAGGAGCUCAGGUAAGAAAUUAGUCCCAAGAUGCACUGUGUGGCUUGGGCAGGAGCCAAAGCAAAGGAAGAACUGGGCAUUGAUUGAGCAUUCACUGACCAGGGACCUUUCAAAUCCAGGGCUCAGAUGGGAAGAUAAAGAGCCUCACGCCCUUUAAGUCUCCCCAAAACAGGGUUAUAAUGCAAUCAAUGGAAAUUACUUCCUGACUUAGCGAACCAGGAAACAGGCGGCAGGAGAAAGCAGCUCGGGAUUUCUGGUGGAGGGAAAAGAAGUGGGAACAGUAGUCCUUUGUUGACUAAUGAGGAAGGCAGAGAGCCAGGACUGAGAUUGGACCAUGACUGACUGAGUCAUCCAGCAGGUGAGCGGACCUGCCUUCAGCCAGGGACCCAAGGAGGAUUUAUACAGGACAAUGGCCCGAACCUGUGGCAAGUGUCACUGUCUUGCUCUCCCAGCCCUUCAAGAAAGGACUUGGUUUUCGCUGUCCUAAGGCAUCUGGGAAGGAAAACACGGGGCUGGGAUUCUGUGGACUCUGCAUCUGGUCAGAGCUCUGAAGUAUGGCAGAAAAGCUGGGAGGCAGAGUAUACCUGUGCUUGCUCUAUUCCGGAGUCUGCCUCGCCCUAACUGCCAGUCUGGGGGCAGGGGUGGCUUGGGCUGUGUCAUUGGCCUCAACUGUCCAGCAGGCUUUUCUGGCCUGAGAUCGAUUCGCCCUGGUACACCACCUGAGUCCCCCUAUCUCCCUGUAAUGGGUGAACUUCGUGUACUGUGUCUUGGGUCCAUUAUAUGAAUUGUGAGCAGGGUUCAUCUAUUUUAAACACAGAUGUUUACAAAAUAAAGGAUAUUUCAA